AUGGGAGGCAACAGGAAAAAGAGAGAUCUGACACCCUCGGUUGCCACGAUGUUCCAAGUGCCCAGAGACCGCCGGCCGCCAUCUUUGUCGCAAGGCCACACUGAUUCAGGCUUGGACUCUGAUGAUGGCGGGCAACACACUGACCCAGACACCCCGCUUACCAAAGGGGACCUCCGCCAGCUCCUGCGGGAAGCAACGAGCAACAUCAAAGCCUACGCGGCUGUGGAGCUCGAGAAACACAUCACAAGCCUGCGCACUGAUAUCGAGACGCUCACAGCUAGGACGAACCAAGCAGAAACUCACCUCACCGAAGCCUCCAGGAGAUCACAGUUCCAUGACCAGGAAAUCUCCCGCCUACAUGAAAAAAAUACAGCAACUGGAGGACGGCGUGGGAGACCUCAAUAA